AUGCAUUCUGCGAUGACUUCUCUGAUAAGUGACUUUUUUCUUCGUGAUUUGUCUCAUAUUUUUAAUGUGCUGUUUUGCAAAUUUGUGUCCGUGUGUGAAGGUCAACUUGGCCAAGUUGGAGGAAUAGAUGCGAUCGUCUGCAAAGACUGUGGUAAGGAAAAGGCACAAAGGGCAUAUGACAGCCGUGACAGUCGUAACUGA